AUGUUUUUCAGGCCGUGCUCUUUUUGUAGUCACCUGGACGUUGGUUGCCCGAUCCAGAAGACAGCUGGAUUUCCUCCCCCUCCAAAUUUCCCCUCUUCCUGUCUCUCGUGUGCCUCCAUCGCCAUCCCCGAGAACCGCGAGCAUCUUGACACGCACCCCUCCAAGCCCUCCAGGGAGCGUCACACCCUCCCGACCUGGUACACAUCCACCCUCCUCGCCCGUCGUCUCCUGCACAAGUCCACCGUCGGCCAUAUCACAACAAACUUCCCCUCACCCAUCACCCCUGACCCUAUCCAUCACUACAAUCCCCCAGAAAUGGUCUCAGGCCUCGCAGUCACCCUCCCCGAAUACAUCGCCUCAUGCCACCCCGACGGCAACCCAACAUUCCUAGGCCUGCACCUCGGCACGACCUUCAAAAACGCCGCCUCCGGAUCCAAUGUCUCCCUCUCGCUCGACUGGUGGGACCACCACGCUUCCAACACGGAUGUCACCCUCCGAGACCUGUCCAACAGUCGCAUGGCGCUACCGCGCGCCGUGCUGAUAGGGUACCUAGAACCGUACCCGAGCCCCGUGGACCCCGAGACCAGAGUGGGUCUGGAACGGUGUUUUCUGGACGCCCAUCCGGACGCGAGGGCUUGGCUGCCGGGUCGCGAGGGCGCAGCGCAUGCAGGCUUCUGGGCGAGAUUGGUCGUUCGUCAGGUCUUUUGGGUGGGGGGGUUCGGCGAUAGGGCAUUGAUUGGGUGGGUCAAUAUGACUGAGUGGCAGGGGAUUCGGGAGGAUGGAAGUGUCCAGGGUGUUGGUGAUGGUAGGGGGUGGGGGGAUGUGCUGCUGCCUGGUGAGAUUGAAUAGUCGGAGGUUGUCAUUUUCGAGAGGUCUUUGUUGAGUGCAGUAGUGAGGUUGUUGUGUGCUGAGAGUCGGAUGUCACCGUAGUCAGGCAAGAGCGAGUCGUUGAAU